UUCCUUACAACUGGUGGGAAAGCAGCUUUUGAAUCCCUCUCUUGGCCCCAGGUCAGGGGGAAAUUGCAUCGCAUCGCGUUGCUCAAAGCCCUGCAGGGAGAGAGAAACUUGCCUUGACAUUCAGAAACAAGACACACGGAUUGACUCAAAGGCAGAGAGCCUACAGUAGAGGCAGAACUAAAGGAAACGACCCCCAGGAACUAAAAGUCUCCCAACAUUUUAAUUGUGUGAUGGAUAACUUGAGUGUGGAGGUGGAAGUGAACAUGUCUGUAGAGGAGGGGGCAGCAAUAGUCCCACGGCUGGUGAAAGAGGAAGAGAAUCCAGAUACUUUCAAAUUGUGGUCAGAAAUGGAGGGAGCGAAAGCCACAGAGGUUCUACACGGUGAACGUAUCGAGGAGUUGGAGACCGCAACAUCUCUGCACCAUAUAAAAAAGGAACCAGAGGAGGGCAUGCACCAGCAUUGGGAAGCCCAGUGGCAAGAGUUCCUGGGGACCCUACAGGCUCCUCACUCAGGAUGGGCAAACCCUCAGAUGUCUGAGGAGGCCGAGCCAUGGGAAGAUGCUAAGGUUUUUCUGUCCUCCUUCGAACAAGUUGCGACCAUAUGCCGGUGGCCUCGUGACCAGUGGGUGGCCCUCCUCCUACCGGCCCUCAGUGGAGAGGCUGAACAAGCUUUCAGCAGCCUCGGUGCCCGAGAGAGGGGAGACUAUGGGAAGGUGAAGGCGGCCAUCUUGCAAAGAGAGGCUAUCGCGAGGGAGAGGAAACGUCAGCACUUCAGGCAGUUCUGCUACCAGGAAGUGGAAGGUCCAAGAGCGGUUUACGGCAGACUCCGGCAACUCUGCCGCCAGUGGCUGAAAGCAGAAAGGCACACGAAAGAUGAGAUCUUGGAGCUGCUGAUCCUGGAGCAGUUCCUGACUGUCCUGCCCCAGGAAAUGCAGAGCUGGGUGAGGGAACGUGGUCCAGAGACCUGCAUCCAAGCAGUAACUCUGGCAGAGGAUUUCCUGUUGAAGCAGAAAGGGGUCGUGAGACCAAAAGAACAGGUGUCUGAAUCUUUGCAGAAGGCAACUGUGAAUUCUGCUGAGGCAAACAACAUUCCACCACCAGACCUUUGGAAUCUUGACAUUAAGACCAAGCAAGAGUGGGAAGGAGAUGAGAAGCUACUAGGUGAAGGGCAUGUGCGUGUGAUCCAAGUGGAUACUGUCCAUCAGGGUCAUUCUGAGCAAAUGACAUCAGGCGACACAUUGUUGAAGAGCGGCAACUCGUUCCAGUAUUGUGGGGAAGGAACAAGUCGGGAAGGACCAGAGAGCAAAGAGAGACCUGAACCAGGGAAGAGUGUGGAUGAAGCUAUUGCGAAGGGUGUGUUGGACCAAGAUGAAUUCAAGAUCUGCCAAAUCAUGCACCUGUGUGACUGUGGCAAAAGCUUUAGAAGGAUCUCAGAUCUUAGAAUUCAUGAGAGAACACACACUGAUGAGAAGCCGUUUAAGUGUUCGGAAUGUGGAAAAAGCUUCCGCCAGAAGGGCAAUCUUUCGACACAUGAAAGGAUUCACACUGGAGAGAAACCCCAUCAGUGCUCCAUAUGCCAGAAGAGUUUUGCUAGUGGCUCCAACCUUAUCGCACAUGUGAAAACCCAUACUGAUGAGAAACCGUAUGAAUGUGCGGAAUGUGGGAAGCGGUUCCGUCAGAAGAGAAACCUGACCACACAUGAAAAAAUUCAUACUGGUGAAAGACCAUACCAAUGCUCAAUGUGUCAAAAAAGUUUUGCUAGUGUUUCCAGUCUCAUUUCCCACGAGCGAAUUCAUGCUGGAGAGAAACCUUUCAAGUGCGCAAAGUGUGGGAAAAGCUUCCGUCAGAAGGGAAACCUGAGAACUCAUGAACGCAUUCACACUGGAGAGAAACCACACCAGUGUUCCGUAUGUGAAAAAAGUUUUGCUAGUGGUUCCAACCUCAUUGCACAUGAGAGAAUUCAUGCUGGAGAUAAACCAUAUCAGUGCUCCGUGUGUCAGAAAAGAUUUGGUUCAGGCUCCAACCUUAUUGCUCAUCAGAGGAUUCACACUACAGGGAAAACUUACAAGUGUUAAGAAACACGGGAAAAGUAUCUACCUGAAAGGAAACUUUACAGCGCAUUAAAAUAAUUCACAUUGGAAGAGAAACCUUUGUAGGUGUAUACAAUGUGGACAAAAUUUCAGUAGGGUAAAGGAACUUGGAAGUCUAAGAAAUAUGAUCCAUACUGGAGAGAAACCAUAUCCAAGCUCAAUGUAUCAGAAAACCAGUGACUGCAACCUUAAUGGUGCACGAGAAAACCCACAGUAGAGAGAACUUUUAUGUGUACACUGACUGUGGGGAAAGCGUCAGAGAUCAUUCAACAUGUAAGGCACAUGAGAGAAGAAAAAUAAUAAUAUAGGAAAGCAGCACAGUUGGGGAUCCUUUCCUCUGACACAGGAAUAGGAUCCAUGCUGGAGGAUGCUGAGAGUAAAUUAACCUCCCACCACCAUUAGAAAUGUAGUGUCAUCCCAAGUAUAAAUAACUUGCAAAAAGCCAAAUUUGGUGUUUUCCAAACAAAAGUGCAUGUAGACUUGUGAAAAUUCAGAGGUUUAGAGAAAAGACUUUGUCUCCCCCUCCCCGUAAGGCAUGAAAUGGGGAAAAAAACAUGAAAAAUAACUCUUACGAAUAUUUACUCUUUUCCAGUGAGAGGUGAAAUACUUUUUAAUGCAAUGUUUUUAAAUGAAUUUCUUACCACCAGUGCACAUUGCUGCAGAUUUCUUAGAACUGGAAAGUUAGUAACAUUGCUACAGCUUUUGGCUAGUGUCAACAUACAAGUAACCCUCUUAGUUUUGAGAGCAGAAAAGUACUUUCCAUCAUUGCUGGACAUGGGCAUCUUUAGGUAUUUGAUCUAGGCAUGCAAUCUGGGAGGCUGCCAAGCAUACAGAAGAAUAAAGUUUUAGCUUUGGUUUGGUAAGUAGGGCAUCAUUUACAGUGAAGAAUCUUAUGGAGCCUUCUAGACAAGCAGAUUUGUUGGGUGGGACCUUUCUUCUAGCCAGCCUUUCCUCCAAGAAGCUCAGGCAGCAUACAUGAUUUUUCUUCUCCUCGAUUUUAUCUUUACAAUAACCCUGUGAGGUAGGUUAGGCUGAGUGUGUGUGACUGGCCCAAGGUCACCCUGCAGCCUUCCAUGGCAGAGCAGGGAUUCGAACCUGGGUCUUGCAGUCUGACACUCUAAACACAGCACUGCACUGGCUUAGACCUCUGGCCCAGGACCUGUGAUGGUUUUCUGUUCCCUCCAUAUGACUGCUUUGUUUUUCCCGAAAGAGAACCGCCCCACUUCUUUCUCUCCAGUCCCUCUGUUCCAGCCCCCUAAAGGGAUUUCCAUUCAUGGAGCAUAACUUCCUUACUUCCACCUCCCGUUGCAUCCCAUAAUGCUUCCCUAAAAUCUGUUCUUGAUGGUCAGGGGACUCUGUCAAACACACUUUUUCAAGUGAGUUGAACACACACAAGAAGAUGCUAUAUACUGAAUCAGCCCCCUGCUCAUUCAAGCUCAGUGUGAUGUACUCAGACAGGCAGUGGCUCUUUAGAGUCUCAGGCAGAGAUGUUUCACGUUGCCUGCCACUAGGUUGUUUUAGCUGCAAAUGCUGGGUAUUGAACCCAGGACUUUCUGCUGUCCUCAUUUUUUUUUUUUUGCAUUAAAGAAGUCAACUAAACAGGUAUUUCUCCUUCAAAUGGGUGGAUGGUGAACUCAAAGAGUAAGAAGGAACAAGUACCAUCCUGGUAUCCACUGAAGGUGGCCACAGUCCAUCGUAUGAUGAAACAGAUUGCGAGGUCAUGCACACGCUCCAUUAAAGCUUUGUUUUCCAUGGUGGAAUGAUCUUGUGCGCCCCCCAGCUCCUGCCUUGAAAAUCCUAUAGGGUCAUCAUAACUUGGCUGUGAUUUGACCGACCCCAUCCCCCAAAUAUAUAUAUUUUUAUUAUUAUUUUAUUUUAUUGGACUUCUAUUCCGCCCUUCCCGCAAGCAGGCUCAAGGCGGAUCACAUCAUUUAAAACAUAAUAAUGUAAUUACAUGCCAUUUCCAUAAAAUCAUUAAAAACAUUAUGAAAUCUCAAUUAUAAUAAAAAAUAAAAUUUCCAAGAUGACAGUAAUCACUGCUUAGCUCAUUAAAACAGGGUGGUGGACAGAUCUUAUGGGGAGGUUUAAAUUGUUCACUUCCUCCUACAGGUCCGGCAGAGGCCUGGCCCAGUCUCAACCAUAUGCCAGGCCCGACGGAAAGAUAGCCAAUCUUGCUGGGCCCUAGUUUCGAUGAACAGAGAGUUUCAUCUGGUCGGAGCUAGGAGUGAGAAGGCCCUGACUCUGGUUGAGGCCAGGCAGUCUUUCCGGGGGCCGGGGGCCACCAAUAGUUGUUUUUCUGCUGAUCGAAACGUCCUCCGGAACAUGUAUAGAAAAAAGCGGACCCACAGAUAUGCUGGUCCCAGUCCGCAUAGGGCUUUAUAGGUUUAUACCAAAACCUUGAACCUGAUCCGGUACUCCACUGGCAGACAAUGCAGCUGGCACAAUAUAGGUGUAUUAUGUGACCCAUUUGGCACAUAUAUCCUGACAGUCCUAAAAAUUUCUUCUGAAGAGAUGUUACAUCAAACAUGUCCACCUUCUUGAGAGCAGAUCUGAUGUCUCCUCAUCCUACCCAAGGCCUUAGAGGCUACUUAAGUGGCCGGUGUCUCACUAGGAAGACGUGACAUGGAAACUUACCUCAUGAAUGUCUGUCAGAGUAGAGUGCUGAUGCCGAAGGUGUUUUCCCCCCAAUACUGGCCAGAAUUUAUUUUAUUUAAAACAGUUUUACCCUACCUUUCCAAUAAAAUGUUCAAGACAGGCAUGAAAUACAAAUACAAUAAAAAUACAAAUGAAUUCCCAGCUAUGAACGUCUCAUGAAUCCUUAAUUAGAAACAGCGGCAACUGCUAAGAACAAAGAAAGUGUGAUAAAAGCACAGCAAUAAAAUGCAGCCAACACGCAAUAAAACGUCAUGUUUCCUGCCAUACUGCGUAGCAAAGUUUGAAAACUUCAUCCAUAUGAAACUGGAGAACCCGUUAUGUGGGAGGAAGCCCCCCUAGGCUGGAAGAAGGUGUCAGACGCUGAGCCGAUUUGCAGGGCAAAUGCCAGUAAAGUAGCAGCAGUUGUUAAAUUGGGUUGGAUCCAGGGGUAAAUUCCCCGAAUGGAAGGGCUUACCAGAAUGGGACUUUUGCGCGUUUCCUAUCCUGCU